AUGGCAAUUAGAGUAUUGAUUAAUAGGGAUAGUCAAGGACAUUCUUAUUUCAUAGUCAAAUUCUUAACCAUAAAUGAUGCUAAACAAGGGUCAAUGGAUGCUACAUUUAGGACUCCUCUGACAGCUUAUAAGAAAUUAAAGUCCUUGGGUUUCAGUAUUGCAUGGCCAUUCUUAGUUAGUGGAGCGAUUUGUUUGUUUAAUUCAAUUAACGAACGAGACCUUAGCCUACUAACUAGCUAUGUGAAGCAUGAAUCGCACCAAGGGAUCAAAAUGAAAAAGAGCGUGUCUGCCAUUAUCAUUAGUUCCUAUUGCAUGCAUGGGUGGCACCGUGACUCAUUUUGUCAUGAAAAACUAAAACAACUCUCAACAAUGGAUAUCUCAACUCUCGCAUCAAUGAAGAACAUAGUGAAAUAUGAUACUUGGUGUGAAAUACAGAAUCCCAUGAGCCAUCGAGUCUUUGAAUGCAAGUUUCACCCCAAGCCAUUAGGCCAAGGGCCUGAUUGCCUGGGUGUCAUGCAUCAUCACCCCCUCUAA